AUGGAUAGCAGUGAAGAAGAAAAUCCAUUUGAUGAUAUACAAAAAUUUGAAAAAAAACUAAAGAAUCAGAGAGGUGAAGUAUUAGAUCGAUCUUCAAGUUCAGAAGAAGAAGAAGAAUUCAAAGAAAUUCCAUCCUCAAAUUACUCAAAUGAAAACGUCAGACUUCAAAAUAAGUGCCAAUUGCUUAUACAACAAGUUGUAGACAAAGAAAGAGAAAUCGAUUCUCUUAGACAAGCUUUAGGCUACGCAAAGCCUGAGCCUGAAGAAGCUGAAAUCGCUUCAGGCGAUUACCGAGAUAAAAAGCUUAUGGAGCUCGCCAAGAAAAAUAGAACUUUACAAGUAGCAUUAGAAUCAGAAAAAAAUCGCGCUGCAAGAGCUAUGGAAGAAGUCAACAAAUUAAGAGAGCAGCUGCUCAAAACCCAAACAACAAAAGGCUGGAAACACGAUGCCCCUCCUCAGCCUCCAGAAGAAAACUUCAAGCAAAAAUAUCUAGCCUUAGACAAGCAAUACCAAGAAAUCAAACAAAAAUACCACAACACUAAAGACGAAUUAAAAAAAGCUAUAAGGAUUAUCGAGCGAGAAGUCGGAGAAUUCGAGAGCUUAGACCAGCUUUCUAAAUCAGAAACAUGAAGAGGAAGGGCUCAACAAAUAGACACUCUUAAGUCUAAGCUUAACGAUUUAAAACGACAGGCAAGUACACGUGGAAAAGCUGAUGAAAUCAGCAGCGCCACUGUGACUAGCUUUAGAAGUGAAGCAGGAGGGGCUGAAGAAAGGAGAAGAGAAAUACAAAACUUAAACGAACAGCUUAAUAAAGCACUUGAAGAGCUUGACAGCUGAAAGAAAAAAGCUCAAGGAUCUUCUAGCAGAAAAGCAGCAGUCGAAAAAGAACUAAAAGAGUCUAAAGAAAAGCAUAAAUCACACAUAAAAACUUUGCUUGAAAAAUCAGAAAAUGAUGACAUGCUAAUUGCAAGCUUGAAAGAGGAGCUAGAUAGAGUGAGGAAGUCUAAAGGAAUUGUGGUAAAGCAAGAGCCUGCUAGUCAGCAAAAAGAAAUUGAAGAAUUAAAUUGGCAGCUUGUUAAUUUACAUAAGCUGGUAAGUGAUUUGCAAGAAGAAGUCAAAGAGAAAGAUGGGAUUUUAGAACUGUAUAAGAAUUUUAAGGGUGAUGAAGGAGAAGAAGAGGUUGAAAAUGAAAUAGAGUAUAAGGAGAGAAUUAGAGAUCUUGAAAGUGAGGUAUUGAAUUUAAGAAUACAGUUGGAUAAGAAAAAUGCAGGCUCAGAAGAUACCAAAAUAAUAAAAGAUCUUUCAUCUCAAAAUGCAAGGCUUAGGAGUAAGGUCAAUGAGCUGACUGAAGAAGUAAGCAAAUUUAAAAACAAAUAA